GCUUCUUCUGCCCAGAGAGGACGUCACUUCCGCCGAAUCCCUGACCUGCUGCUGGGAUCGCGACGGGGACUGGAAGCCGAGGUCCCCCCUGCGUCAGGGCCUGGCGCCCUGAAGGGAAGAGCGGCUCGGACCAGUGAGCUGGGGUAGAGACCUUGACUUCAGUCCCUUCCCUAGCCAUGACGGACGGGAUCCUAGGGAAGGCAGCUACAAUGGAGAUCCCCAUCCAUGGGAAUGGCGAAGCUGGGCAGCUUCCUGAAGAUGAUGGAUUGGAACAGGAUCUCCAGCAGGUGAUGGUGUCAGGACCCAACCUCAAUGAAACUAGCAUCGUCUCUGGUGGCUAUGGGGGCUCUGGUGAUGGCCUCAUCCCCACAGGAUCUGGCCGCCAUCCAUCACACAGCACCACCCCUGCUGGCCCUGGUGAUGAGGUGGCUCGGGGCAUUGCUGGAGAGAAGUUUGACAUCGUCAAGAAGUGGGGCAUCAACACAUAUAAGUGCACAAAGCAGCUGUUAUCAGAACGGUUUGGCCGAGGCUCCCGGACUGUGGACCUGGAGCUAGAGCUGCAGAUUGAGUUGCUCCGUGAGACAAAGCGCAAGUAUGAAAGUGUCCUGCAGCUGGGCCGGGCACUGACAGCCCACCUCUACAGCCUGCUGCAGACCCAGCAUGCACUAGGGGAUGCCUUUGCUGACCUCAGCCAGAAGUCCCCAGAGCUUCAGGAAGAAUUUGGCUAUAAUGCAGAGACGCAAAAGUUGCUGUGCAAGAAUGGGGAGACGCUUCUCGGGGCUGUGAACUUCUUUGUCUCUAGCAUCAACACAUUGGUUACUAAAACCAUGGAAGACACGCUCAUGACUGUGAAACAGUAUGAGGCUGCCAGGCUGGAAUAUGAUGCCUACCGGACAGACUUAGAAGAGCUGAGCCUGGGACCCCGGGAUGCAGGGACGCGUGGUCGACUUGAGAGUGCCCAGGCCACUUUCCAGGCCCAUCGGGACAAGUAUGAGAAGCUGCGGGGAGAUGUGGCCAUCAAGCUCAAGUUCCUGGAAGAAAACAAGAUCAAGGUGAUGCACAAGCAGUUGCUGCUCUUCCACAAUGCCGUGUCCGCCUACUUUGCUGGGAACCAGAAACAACUGGAGCAGACCCUGCAGCAGUUCAACAUCAAGCUGCGGCCUCCAGGAGCUGAGAAGCCUUCCUGGCUAGAGGAGCAGUGAGCAGCUUCCCGCCUGACUUGGCUAUCAAGAAGGACACUGGGCUGGGCAGUCCCAGGGUGGAGGAGACUGGACGUGGGACAUCCUUGCCACUUACUUUUUGGCUUGGGCUCCCUUUCCCUGGCUGGGUUAUGACAUCAGUUUUUUCCAUACUGCUGUGGUAUGAAGAGGGCUUGUAGGCCCAGAAGCUGCUGCCCUGUCCUUUAUCUUCCUGGCCACUGGGCUUCGCUCCCAGGUCUUUUCCUUCCACUCCACGGCCAAAGGCUAUGACAAAACCACUCCCUGGGCAAUGGCAUCACUCCUCAGGCCCAUCCCCAGCUCUUGGGGUGUGCCUCCUGACCAAUGACAGGACCUCAAGAGGCCCUAUCAACCGAUGGCAGCUCUUCUUGGUCUCCCCUGGGCCAAUAAUGUUGCCUCCAGUAUCCUUUGUCCCUCCUAUACGUGCCCAUUGCAGAGAAGAGGACUGGGACCAAAAGGGUGGGGAUCAAGUGGAGUUGCAUUUCUGGCCCUGCAUCUGAAUUGGGCCUCCUCUCACCCACCCACCCACCCACGCACUCACCCAGCUGAAGUGUGCUCAGAGCCCAGGAAGACUGGGAUCUAGCACUAGGAAUAAACCUUUCAUAAAAGCAGGCCCAUCGAGGUCAAUUUGUGGGGCAUUCUAGGAGGGUGGGCUGUUAGAGAAAUGCUCAGUCUAUCAUGCACUCAAAUGCUAUGGAGUCAAAGAGCCGGGCCACCCUGCUGAAAUCAUGUGUUUCAGAAAUAGUCUGAAGGCCUGAGCUCCCUCCCUCAGUCCCAGCUGGAGCCAGAGCUUUUUUUGCUUUUCCAGUUAGCACCAAGACAGCCAGGGAUCUGAAGAGCACAGGGUCCAGAGGGGGUUGGGUUUGCUAGCCAUCGUGCAUUCAGUCAUCUGGCAAAUGUUUACUGAGGGCUUUUAUUUGCCAGGCACUGCGUUAGACCCUGGGGAAACAUCAGUGAAUAAAACACAGUCCCUGCUUACUGUGCUUAAGGCCUAGUGGGGGAUAGAGACAAGUAACCAGGCAACUACAAUACAGUGAGAGGUAGGAUACAGCAAUACAGAUGCCUGUGGGAGCAUCAGGUGAGGGUCAUCCAGCUUGGGUAGAGAGGGUGAUGUCAACUUAAAAGCUGAGAUCUGAAAAAAAAGUAGAUGGCAGCCAUGCAUGGGCAUAGACAGUAGGAAUUCAGUUCAGAACAGUAGGAGACAUGAUGAAGAUUGCAGUCUGUUGAAGGACUUUUGCUCUUUGGAGAAAGUGAUCCAUGAAACCUUAAAGUGAAUGUUUGGCAGCAUGGGAGCAGCCUAGGGUUGAAAGAAUAGUCCUGGUCUACCUCAUCUUGGGUAGUCAGUCUACUGGCCCCAGUCUGGGAUUCUAAGCAUGAACCCUGCUUAAAGAUCUUUCACAAGCUCUGGAAGACCUUGUGCUGGUUGUAGAAAUUGAUGCAGUUCCCAUGGGUCCUACUGACCCCCAAACCCAAGUGUUAAGUGGGAAAUCAAAAGAAAACUCCCAACAACACUUUUUUUUUACUAAUACAUUUUAAAUAUUUAUUAUUUAUUUGAGAGAAAGAGAGGCAGGUAGAGACUUUUAAUAGGGCUCUGGUUGACCUUUGGCCAAAGGUGGCCUCAGAGUCAGCAUUCUCCCACCAGCUGCUUGGUCUAUUGUCAGCUAGCUGAGCUUUAUUAUUAAAGUGGAAGCCCUCCUUCAACACAAGGGCACUGCAUCUCCAAAUGGCUGGUGGCAGAGCUUGAAAGCAGGUAGAACCCAAAUGAUCUGGUUCUACCACUUUCUUUUGCAAGCAGGAGGGAGAAUGGGCGUGCCAGGGUCUGUAGCCAAUGCAAAUGGACUCCAGAUGCCGGUGCCACUUUGCAUCUGGCCUUACUUGGGCGCCCAGGAACCAAACCUGGGUUGUUAGGCUUUGCAGGCAAUCACCCUGAGCCGUUUCUCCGGCCCUGAUUCCACCGUUUUCUAGCUGAGUGGAUUAAUGCCUGGAGAGCUAGAGUGAGCCCUGAUUCUCCCAUUGUAAAAUAGCUAAUAAAAUAAGCUGCCUAUUAUGGUUAAGAGCAUUAAAUGAGGGCCGGAGAGAUGGCUUAGUGGUUAAGGCACUUCUCUGCGAAGCCUAAGGACCCAAGUUCGAUUCCCUAGGACCCAUGUAAGCCAGGUGCACAUAGUGGUGCAUGCACCUGGAGUUCGUUUGCCGUGGCUGGAGGCCCUGACACACUCAUUUUCUCUCUCUACCCCUCUUUUUCUCAAAUAAAUAAAAAUAAAUAUAUUUAUUUAUUUAAAGAAAAAAAGCAUUACGUGAGAUGAUGUAUGUAAACGUGAUUAGUUCUGUGUCUGGCGCAUAAUAAACAGUCCUUGUUAACUUA